UAUCUGCUUUAACUAUUUCCAACUUCACUCAACUAAACAAAACCACCGCCAAUUCCCACAUCCUCCACCCACCCAUCACUUCUUGAAAUAUCACGUGAUAUACAAAUAUUGAUGAGCCGCAUCAUCUGCGGCACGUGGGCGAGGGCUAAUCUCCGCAUCGGCCUGGGCUCGGCCUGCUUUGACUACUUCUCUUUAUUGUUGAACUCUGGCAUUUGCACAAAAGGCUGAGAUCUGCUGAAUUACUUGAUACUUCUGAUAAAAGCAGAAAGAAGAAAGAAUGUCGAUCAAGACAUCUGCCGCGCUGAUCUCGGCGCUCAAGUCGUUCGCUACAUGUGAUAUCGGGGACGCGCUCGUGAAGCUCAAGGUUCCGUUUGGAGGGUUUCUGGAUGGAAUUACAAUGUUCUCGCCUGAGCGGCAGGCCGGGCCGACGAAGAUCUUUGGCGAGGCGAUUACGGUGAAGAUGGUUGACGCAAGUGAUAAGACGAGUCCCUCGCUGCCAAAGCACUUUUGCGAUUACAACGAAUCCGGCAAGAUCAUGUUCAUCUCCCAGCCCAAAGGCAUGUACUCCGCCUGCUGGGGCGGCCUAAUGACCACCCGCGCCAAACACCUCGGCGCGCCCGGUGUCAUCGUCGACGGCCGCUUCCGCGACAUCCUUGAGCAGCGCGAGAUGGGUUUCCCCGUCUUUGCGCGCGACAUCUCGAUCCUGGGCUCGAACGGCUUCACGCGCGCGAGCGAGGUCAACGUGCCCGUGCAGGUCAAGGACGAGCUCUGGAUCGAGCCCGGGGAUUUCCUCAUGGGCGACGCGGAUGGUGUGGUUGUGAUUCCGGCGGGGAAGGUCGAGCAGGUGGUUGAGCUUUGUACGGAGAGGAAGAGGAUUGAUGAUUUGACUUUCGAGGCGUUGCAUAAUGGGGAGCCGAUCGGGGAGGCGAUCAAGCGGUUGAGGAAGGCGUAGAUGACCUUUCCUUCUGUUUAGUGUAGUCUGUUCUCUGUUUAUUUUGGUAUACAA